AUGGCAGGUGAAAUCGGAGUGCUGAUGGUGUCGUGUCGUGAAGCUGGACGCAAGGCGGCUUCUCCUGUUGUUCGCGAGGUGCAAAGGGCGGAAAGGAAACGGAGGCUUCUCUGCGCCUCCUGGGCUGAAUGCCAGUCAGACUGUGUACAACGCAUCGAGCCCGUAUCAUCCUACGCCUUCGGCAACCUGGGCUGGCUCAGCCUGCAAGCCUUGCCCCUCAUAGUCUGGCCGAGCUUCAUCACCUCCCUCCUCCGCGAUGAAUACCAACCAACAAGCGCCCUCGAAACCUACUUUGCCCGCUCCCUCGGCUUCGCCCUCCUGGCCCUGGGCCUGACCGUCCUCCUCCUUUCCGGCGCCCUGCCCCUCGCCGCGACCGACGCCUCCCACCCCGAGGGUACGGCCUCCCCAUACGCCGACGCCGCUGUCUCCGUCUCGGCCUUGCACCAUGCCACGAGCGCCUUCUACUGCUACAGCCGCUGGCUGCACACCGGCCAGACGGCGAGCGUCAUGGGCUGCCUCGGUAGCGGGGUGUUCGCCGUUUUCGGGCUCUGGUUCGUCAUGUUCGCGGGUAACAAGGGGCGUCACAGCAAGAGGACGGGAUUCGACAAGGACACGAGCGGCUUCCCGUUCAAGAACAGCGAGGCGUACCGGAAGAAGAAGAAGGGCCUCUGA